UCAUUCCUACAUUGAGUUGUAUCCAUCAAGCAAGCAAAACAUGUCGCAAAUGACAUUUGACAACCAUUGGGGAUGACCGUGGCGGCAGCAGCAUGUCAGACAUGAUCGUGUCACGUGAUGCAGAGUUAAUUCUGCUUACGCGUCGCGGCAUCUCUUUCAUCAUCAUUGGAUAAGAAGGCAUCUGGCGUCCUCUUCUGGAAAAUCUGUUCAGGACCACCUGCAAGAUAUGUAAUUCUACGUGUCUGCCCCAUUGAGUCAACUCAGCAGGGCAGUGGAUAGGCACCCUUCUGCUACAUCGAGGUGGACAGCGGACACCGGCCAUAACGGGAUCAUACAGGAGACCGUAGCCUACACCACACGCAAGCAUAACAGUUUUUUAUGUGCUGACUCAUGGAUGUCUGGAAUAAACUAAUGUAAACAGAAAUACAAUUACUCUUAUUCAAUAUAAAAUGACAAACUCGGACAGCGACAAGUGCUGGGCGGAGUGCUUGGAUGUUGCUGUCGAAGUUGCACGUAAAGCUGGCAAGGUAGUACAGGAAGCAGUGAAACAAGAGAAGAGUGUGAGUACCAAGAGCACGCCAACCGACCUGGUGACCGAGGCAGAUCAACAGGUGGAGGAGCUCAUCAUCUCCACCCUCAGGGACAGGUUCCCCUCUCACAGGUUCAUUGGAGAGGAGUCGUCUGCAGCUGGGGAGAAAUGCAUCCUCACAGACAGCCCCACCUGGAUCAUCGACCCUAUUGAUGGGACCUGCAACUUUGUUCACAGUUUCCCCAUGGUGGCCGUCAGCAUCGGUUUUGCUGUGAACAAAGAGCUUGAGUUUGGAGUAAUAUACCAUUGCUUCGACGGGACAUUAUACACCGCAAGAAAAGGCCAUGGGGCAUUCUGCAAUGGUGUCAGGAUCCAUGUAUCAAAGGAAAAAGAUGUCUCCAAAGCACUCAUUUUGACUGAGAUCGGAGCCAAGCGUGACCAGGCAACACUGAACAUCUUCUCAGGGAACAUCAUGAAGUUACUGAGUGCCCCAGCUCAUGGGGUGAGGAUAAUCGGCAGCUCCACCCUGGCCCUGUGUCUGGUAGCCACAGGGUCGGCUGAGGCCUACUACCAAUACGGCCUGCAUUGCUGGGACAUCGCAGCCGCCGCCGUCAUCAUCCGAGAGGCGGGGGGAGUCGUCGUGGACACCUCAGGGGGUCCUCUUGACCUUAUGUCCCGAAGAGUGGUCGCUGCGGGGACCCACGAGAUGGCCAAUUACAUUGUCCAGCAACUGCAGCCAAUCAGCUACGAGCGGGACGAUAGUGACCCAGGUGUGCAAAAGUAAAGAUCAACCUCUAUCUCUCCAUUGGAUGAUUCCCUCCAGUGGGUGACUCUUCUGCCUUUUACCUCAUAUCAUGAAAUCCUGCCGUAGGGUGUUUCCCUUUCACAAUGUCUGCUGUGUACUCGUAUGCAAGACUACUCUUUUUUUUUUUUCUUCAGGGAAUUUAACUUAAAAUCUAAUUCCCCUCCUUGAAUAUGGAAAUCUUUUACAGGUGGUUACACAUAGGUAAUAAUAUCUGCACAGCUAGUUAAUAAUUUGUAAGUAGAUAUAAGGUAAAUAUUACAUAGUACCAUUAGAAUUAUUUUCAUAGUUUUAACAUGGAUGAACGUUUUUAACAAUGUUUUUUUUUUUUUACAACUUUUACAAACAAAUGAAAAUGAUGAAGUCUUUUCCCUGACGUAACAAGCAUAGUGGAAGCAGGUAUUUUUAGAAGUUGGUUUGUAGUGGUGUUUGUUUAUUUAUGUUAUUAAGAACUAAAUCACUGCCAAGGAUUUUCUUCUGCACCGUUUGGCCUAUUUAUUCAUUAGAUAAAGGAAAAUAAAAUAAUU